AUGUACAAAGCCCAUACUUGUUUGUGGUCAAUAAGUGACGAGGCAUAUCAUAAUAAACAAAUGCGCAAUAAUGCGUUAAAUUCAAUGCUGCCGGCAUUUAAAGAAAUUAAUCCAGAUGCAACUAUAGCCACAGUGGCUAAAAAAAUUAAAAGCAUUAGGAGCGUUUUUAACAAGAAGGUUAACAAGAUAAAAGCUUCUAUGCGCUCGGGCUGUAGCGUCUACAAGCCAAAACUCUGGUACUUCGAUCAUCUUAAAUUUUUAGAUGAUCGACACUACCCAAACAUGAGGUCUCUGUGCAUAAGUUCAGAAGAGCAUUUAGAAAUUGAUGAAAUGCCGACGACCUCGUUUCGUCGUAAGGAAACAAAACGAGACCAGUUGACAGACAAACUUCUACAACACAUGAAUAAAAUAGAACAGGAAAAAUCUCGAGAAAUGAAAAUGGCAGAAAUUUCGGAAAAACUCUCGAAUUGA